UUUUCGAGAGCAAGAUCUGAUUUGAUUGUGAUUGUUGUCUUAUGAGUCAGGUUUACAAAAGUGUGCUUAGUUAUACAUACACGCAUUUCUAUCAUUUCAGUACACAACUACACAACAUAACUUUUCAACAGGAGCCAGUAUUAGGACGCCGCUAUCUCUCAGAGCAUGAUUUACUCCUCUCAACCAUAAAUAACCAUCCAAAGUGCUCCAAUGCAAACACCUCUCGUAUAUAUCUAAAACAUUAUCAACCAUCGUACUCGUUGGGAGAACAGAUCAAAGUUCAAAUAGAUCUGUUUGAUAGGGAUGGUAACCGGAAGUCAACUGGGGGCGACCAUCUGAGAGUGUGGAUGGAAGAUCCCAAGACUUCAGCAUCCGUCUCCGGUGAGGUUUUCGACCACAAUGAUGGAAGUUACACUGGUGUUUUCAAAGCCACAUGGGCCGGACAGGCUGCGAUACGCGUAUUUAUUGCAACACGAAGAGAGGAGUUGGCUCUGUAUUACAGAAUUUUCAAGCAAUACUCCAGUAUAUGGACAGCAUAUGCUGAUUUCAACAAGAAACCGCUGUCUGAAACAUCGAGAUGCUCAGCAAACCAACCGAGUAUUUCAAAGACCAACGAGUGGUGUAACUUUACAACUGAGAACGAUGGUUUUCCUUGGUUUUGCAAGAAGACUAAUUUACCUUGUGAAACAUGGACAAAAUCCUACACUGGCCCAAAUAAUUUCACACUUGAUACUUCUGAUAAAGACAUCCUUACAUGGUCAGGUAAAGACCCUGCACCCGAUACCCUACCAAUGGCUUUAAAUGUAUCUAUAAAGAAAGUUGGAAAUUCAUCAUUGCUGACGCCACCUGAUAUCUCCUGUAAUAAUUUACCAGCAAAAGUGACCUGGCAGCAGAAAUCUCCAAACGGUUAUUUUCACAACAAUGAGUGGCAUUCGCUAAUGUGUCAUGACACACUGCCACGCACCAUAGAUACUUACAGACAAUGCUUGAAAGGAAGGACGCUAUGGCUUCAUGGGGAUUCAACAAGUGCCCAAUUCAAAACAGCUCUUCACUCCUUCUUGCGCUUUCCUUCACAUGCAGAUGCUCAUGUACCUGUUAUUGACAAAGAUCAAUUAUACAAUUUUUCAGUUUCCUGGCAUGCUCACGAAUUACCGUUCUACCAUGGAUCUCGACACUACCCAAGAUAUACGAGCCAAGCUCAGCACAUCAUGAUGGACCGUCUCCCGAACACCACCAAGGACAUCGUAGUGUUAUAUUUGUACGCUCAUUUCACACUUGUCCACCCGGAUGAGUUUCGGCGACAUGUUCGACGACUUGUUCCAUCUGCAAAGAACCUCUUGGCACGCGCCCCCAAUGUUACACUUGCAGUUCGUGGCCCACAUGCAUAUUUAAGAGGGACACAAAGUUUGUUAUCCUACUGGGGUCUCAUAUAUUCUGAUAUUUGGCAUGAGGAAUUCGCUUCAUUGCAUGACAAGAUUGUUUAUUUAGAUUUCUGGGAUUUGACCAUGGCGAAACGUUCUAGAAAAGUUCAUCCAAGCAUGGACACAGUGCACCAAAUGGUACGCAGCAUGAUGUCAUUGUUGUGCUUUAGGAAAUGAUUCAAUACAGAGACAAUAUAUCGGGUUCCCAUUUGACUAUGUAGCACAUCAAUAGAACAUUCAUUUUCACCAAUGCAUUUGAAACAGUCUGGAGAGUAGGUUCCUGGUUAAUAUAACAAAGAUAUGGUGUUUAGGCAGGUUUAUAAAACAAUUUAAUAACAUGCAAAAGAAUAUAUCCAACGGCACAAACAGGCCAUCCACGGUGGGAUUAUUUUCAUAAACAAAUGACCAACCCUGCGAUCCAGUGGAAAGAGCGUCUGCCAGGAGAGCGGCAUGCAGAAAAAAGGUUAUACUGUCCCCGAAAAUUCUUGAAAAAUAAUAAUUAUGCUUCAGACUGUUGACAAAAAGAAAUUGCCUGCCAAAAUAAAUUCAUGGUUGCAAGGAUGUGAUUUUCUUUAAACAAAAACAGGAACAUAUCUUUGAAUUAAAAAAAUCUGGUUUUGGAGCUGCAGCUGAAAAUGUCUAAUCACCACAAACAUUCUGGGUUCAUCAUUCUGGGUUCACCAUUCUGGGUUCAUCAUUCUGGGUUCAUCAUUCAGGUUCAUCACUCUGGGUUCAUCAU